AAAGAAUUAUGACGAAGCUUUGUGCUUUGAUUAGUUGAUUGUGGUUUUCAUUCAUGUUUCAUUUUCAUUUUGAAUGAAGGAAAUUGUUUUAAAAUUUUCCUGAAAGUUACGUCAAGUACCUUCAAUUUCUCAACCAUUCAAAGAAAUGAUCUGUACAACUUAUCCGCUUUUUGGGGAAGCCACGAAUGAACUUCAAUGAACAGGUUGAUUUUCCAAUGUUGCUACUAAUUUGAAGCUCAAGCGUCAGAUUUCUUCAUCGCUUAUCUUCUGUUGAUCAAAUUUUGUAAAUAAUGGAUGAAAAUUCGAUCAAUAAUGAUGGAGAUCUGAGUGUUCUUGAAUGUGAUGAUAAUGUUGAAAAUUUAGCUCAACAAAUCAACUCUCUUCAAAUAGCGAAGAAAAAAAUUGAAGAAGAGUUUGGUGUUCAAAGAGCGAAAAUGAAAGAGUUGUAUUUGCAAAAAGAAAAUGAAUUCAAACAGCAGUUGGUUGAUCAACAAAGUUUGAAAUCGGAAAUCAAACGGUUACAAGAUAGCUUAGAUGAGUGUAGAAGUCAAAUGACCGUCUUAUCAUUGGAAUGCCAGUCAAAAUUGGACGCUGAAACUAGAAAAUAUCAAGAUGAGUUAUCUUCUUUGCAGCUUGUGCUCAAAGAAACUACUGAAGAAAAUAGUAAAUACGAAAAUGAUAAUAAACAACUUCGCUACACCAAUAUGAGGCUGAAUUCGGAAUUACACGAAUUAAAAACAAGUAACUCGAGUUCCGGUGGAGAAAUACCUCAAAUCCUAUCAAUGCCCAGUACGGUGAUUUCUAAUUUAGCUCGUAAAGUUACUAAUCAAAUCACCACUCAACUCAGCAGCAGUAACGAUAACAUUAGUACCUCAACUGCUACCAAUCUGGCUAACGCUACGUUGUCUCAGUUCUCUGAAUCGGACAGCCUAGAAGAUAGCAUGCGGAAGGUAAACAAAUAUGCGCAAGAAGAUGCUGCAGUAUUACGUUCCUUGGUUGUUCCUUUAGAAGAAGAAAUAAAAGCAUUAAAGGAUAAACUUAGGGAAAUGGAUGCUGAAGUGAGAAAGUAUCAGAGUGGGAAUAAAAAUGUAUCAGAUGAUAAGAGUAAUGGGAAUGUGGUUGUUGAUAAAAUAAUCGAUUUGGACGAUGAUACUAAUGACGAUCCAUCAUCUCAGAUGAAAUUAUCGAGUGAAAAUGUGUUUACGAGUUUAGGUUCCAAUAAAAUACUAGAGAAGAGUAAAACAACGUCGAAUGGAUCUAAUAAUGCUAAAGAAUCGCUUCUGGACAGUUCGCCGGUGAAUGGUAAAAGAACGUUUAGUGCUUGCGAAAUGUGUUCGAAUUACGAAGCCCAGUUGUUGAACGCUCAACAAAAAAUACACGACUUGGAAAAACAUAUCGUUGCUUUGGAGAGAUACAAACAAGAAUUGAGUAAAGAAACUGCAUUUCGUAAGGAUAUGGAAGAGAAAUGGAACGAAAAGAAAGAAGAAUACAAAGAACAGGUGUCAACUCUACAAAUGAAAAUUGCCAAAAGUGAAGAACUGCUGAAAGAGUUGCGGGCAUCAUUUUCGAGUACUUAUGACGACGUCACACAGCAGCUGAAAAAAUUGUGCGCCGAUAGAGAAAACGUACAAAGAGAACUGAAUAGGUUACAAAUGGAAAAUGAUAAUUUACUGGGAAAGAAAUCCAAACAUUCCUUAGAAUUACAAAAUGAAAAAAUCAAUUUACCGGAUGAUAUUGAUGAAUUGCGUGAAUACACGUUACGUAUGAAAGAAGAACUAAUUUCGGCGAAAAUAGCUCAGGAAACUGCUGAUGAGAUGGUAGCUACGCUUAAAGAAGAAAUAACCAUUUUAAGAGAUCAAUCACAAAUCGACGAACAGAACAGGAUAGAAAUAGAAAAUAGAUUGACCGAAAAUAUGAAUAAAUUAAGAAACGAAGUUCAUCUUAUCAGUCAAGAAAAAAAUCAUCAUAAAGAAGCGUACCAAGGCGUGGAUCGUGAUAAUGCCACGUUAAGAGCUGAAAUACAGCAUUUAUUAGCCAAAGUUGAUAGAUUAACUAGUUCCAAGAAAAAUUUGGAGGAGCAAAUAGGUGAAUUGAAACCAAGAGUGUCUUCGUUACAAAAUGAGUUAGAUAAUAGUGAAAAAGUACAAAAAGAUUUCGUGUUGUUAUCGCAAUCCUUGCAACAAGAAUUAGAAAAAAUUCGCGAAGCUGAAAAUGAGGUUCGUUGGGAACACGAAGAAGAUGUAUUAGAAUGUAAACGUUGUAAAAGUAAUUUCUCAGUUACCAGGAAAAAAUUACAUUGUAGACAUUGUGGUAGAAUAUUUUGUUCGUCGUGUUUAACUCAUGUAGUAAAUAGUGGACCAAAUCAUAGGCCUUCCAAAGUUUGCGACGUUUGUCAUACUUUACUAGUUCGAGAUUCCGCUCCUUAUUUCAGUACCGCACCUCCGCAAUGUGAUUGAUUUUCUGUGAUAAUGUUGUUUUCAUGAAUCGUGUGAUAUUCGUAGAAUUGUAUACUUAUUGUUGAUAGUAAUCUAAGACUAUUGUUAAGCUCGGUGUUCAUUUUUAGUGUUUCGUCGUAUUCAUCGCUUACAUAUUUUUCGCUUGUAAACAUACCUAUUUUGUUUUGUCCUAUUUAUCAGUAAAGGUUUGUUUGAAUUAUUC